UUGCAUGGCGACCUGACCUCUGCAGAGGUGGAGUCCGCUCAGUCCAAGAGGCAGCUGUGCGGCGGGAGCCAGGCGGCCAUCGAGAGGAUGAUCCAUUUCGGCAGGGAGCUCCAGAGCAUGAGCGAACACCUCCGCCGCGAGUGUGGCAAGAACUCAACCAACAAGAAGAUGCUCAAGGAUGCAUUCAGCCUGCUGGCCUACUCAGACCCCUGGAGCAGCCCGGUCGGAUACCAGCUGGACGCCAUUCAGAGAGAGCCGGUGUGCUCCACCCUCAACAGUGCAAUAUUAGAGACUCACAACCUGCCGAAGCAGCCCCCGCUGGCCCAGGCCGUGGGUCAGGCCGCCCAGUGCCUCGCCAUCAUGGCACGAACUGGCAGCGGAUCCUGCGCCUUCGCCUCUGUGGACGAUUACCUGCACUAGCCCUUUGUAUACACACACGCACACGCACGCACGCACGCGCGCACACACACACACACACACGGACUCUGAGGAUCUGUCCAGAAAUGGCUCCUCCCACCUCCUCCAUCAGUGUAGUCCUAUUAGCCGAGGAGACGCUCCUCUGCACGAUAACAA